GAUAAUAAUAAGAGAGAGUCGAAGAGAUAAGCGCUGUGUGUGAGAAAGAAAGAGAGAGAGAGAGAGAUUCAAAAUCCGAUUCCCCAGAUCCGUUUCUGGGCACCCCAAUAAAAAGAGUUUGUUGUGUGUGUUUCUCUAAACCCUUUUGAACCUUUUUUUUCGUCGAUUGAUUUCAUCAAACCAUCUCUCUCUCUCUCUCUCUCUCUCCUCUGUUCAUCGGAUCUCCGAGAGAGGUUUUCGUUCGUUUCGUCAUCAAUGGCGAAAGAGACGGAGAAAAAGUACAUUACAAACGAAGAAUUAAAAAAACACAACAAAUCUGGAGAUCUAUGGAUCGCGAUACAAGGCAAAGUCUACAACGUUUCCGAUUGGAUUAAAUCUCAUCCCGGAGGCGACACCGUCAUCCUCAACCUCGUCGGCCAAGACGUAACCGACGCCUUCAUCGCAUUCCAUCCCGGUACAGCUUGGCACCAUCUCGACAACCUCUUCACCGGUUACCACAUCAAAGACUUCGAGGUCUCCCAAGUCUCCCGCGAUUACCGUCGUAUGGCCGCCGAGUUUCGUAAACUCGGUCUCUUCGAUAACAAAGGACACGUCACUCUCUACACUUUAUCCUUCAUCGCCGCCAUGUUCGUCGGUGUUCUCUACGGCGUUUUGGCUUGUUCUUCCGUCUUCGCUCACCAGAUCGCCGCCGCGCUUCUCGGUCUCCUCUGGAUCCAGAGCGCUUACAUUGGCCACGAUUCUGGCCAUUACGUGAUCAUGUCCAACAAAUCUUACAACAGAUUCGCUCAGCUUCUCUCCGGUAACUGUCUCACCGGAAUCUCGAUCGCUUGGUGGAAAUGGACUCACAAUGCUCAUCAUCUCGCUUGUAACAGCCUCGAUUACGAUCCAGAUCUGCAGCACAUCCCUGUCUUCGCCGUCUCCACCAAGUUCUUCACCUCAUUGACCUCACGCUUCUACGAUCGGAAACUCACCUUCGAUCCGGUGGCGAGGUUCUUGGUCAGCUACCAGCACUUCACUUAUUAUCCGGUCAUGUGCUUCGGAAGGAUCAAUCUCUUCAUUCAAACGUUCCUCUUACUCUUCUCCAGACGUGAAGUACCAGAUCGCGCUUUAAACUUCGCCGGGAUCUUAGUCUUCUGGACUUGGUUCCCGCUCUUGGUCUCGUGUCUACCAAGCUGGCCGGAGAGAUUCUUCUUCGUAUUCACUAGCUUCGCCGUCACGGCGCUACAGCACAUUCAGUUCACGCUUAACCAUUUCGCCGCUGAUGUCUACGUCGGUCCACCAACAGGCAGCGACUGGUUCGAGAAACAAGCGGCGGGAACGAUAGACAUCUCGUGUCGAUCGUACAUGGAUUGGUUCUACGGUGGGUUGCAGUUUCAGCUGGAGCAUCAUUUGUUCCCUCGCAUGCCUCGUUGCCAUCUCCGGAAAGUUUCGCCGGUGGUUCAAGAGCUUUGCAAGAAGCAUAAUCUCCCGUACAGGAGUCUCUCGUGGUUUGAUGCGAAUGUGUUGACCAUUAGUACUUUGAAGAAAGCAGCUUAUCAAGCUAGAGACGCGGCUAAUCCUGUGGUUAAGAACUUGGUUUGGGAAGCUUUGAAUACCCAUGGCUAAAUUCUUAAUUAAUCAAAGCUUUGAUUAAUUUGAUAUGUUUUAUUAUUAUUAUGCUUUUCUGAAUCUUUGAACUUCGUUAUGUUUUACUAUGGGGAAGAGAUGUUUUUACUUUUAGAUUGAAGAGAAAUUGAAUCGAGAUUUAAUUUUUUUUUUUUUUACUGUUAGAUAAAAACUCUUCGUAUCAUAAUGAUUUAUUUAUUAAUUUUUGUAAGUUUCUCUCACAUGGCUCUUUUUGAUGCCUGCGACUUUGUGGUUUUGCGGCUUUUUGGCCUUUUCAAUGUUUUGUCGUGUUUACA